AUGAUAUCAGCCCAGGACUGGGUAGCAGAGUGCGAGACCCUCGUGAGCCGACAUAAUCACCGCCUAGCAUACCGCCGACGGGGAAACGGGCCAACCGUCCUUCUGCUUCAUGGCUUCCCGACCUGGUCAUACGACUACGCCUCCGUCGCGACAGACCUGGUCCGUGACCACGAAGUGAUAACGCUAGAUUUCCUCGGCUACGGUGCUUCCGACAAGCCCAACCCUUACCAAUACUCCGUCGAUGAGUCUGCCGACAGCGUUGAGGACCUUCUUGACCACCUAUCCCGACCAUCGGUGUACCUCGUGAUGCACGAUUACGGCUGUAUUGUUGGCCAGGAGCUCAUCGACCGCCAUCUCAACGGCAAGCUGCGCUUCGAGAUCUCAGGUAUAACGGUAUUGAACUGCGGGAUAGUCUACAGUGCUUAUCGGCCGACGCUACUACAGAGGGUGCUCAACAUGCCUGUGGUGGGUAAGUUUGUGUCAGGGCGCAUCACUGCGGCGCAAGCGCGCGCUGGUCUCAACGGGGUGAUGGGGAGGGGAAAGCUUAACGACGAAGAGUUUGCCAAUCUAUGGCAUGGGAUGUCUUUAAGAGAUGGGCACAAGUUGGCGCACUUGCUCAUUGGGUAUAACAACGAGAGAGGGGUGCACCACAAGCGGUGGGAGGCUGCCCUCUCCGGAUGGAAGGGCCCGUUACAGCUAGUUUGGGGUCUCGAUGAUCCUGUCUCGGGAAGACACGUUCUUGAGCAGGCCAAGAAGGUUCUUCCUGAUGCUUCUGUCGUAGAGCUGGAGGGCGUCGGUCAUUUCCCGCAGGUGGAGGCGCCCAAGGCGGUUGCAGGGGCGAUUCGAGAAGUAGUUGGACGACAGAUUUAUGACAGCACGCACACUUGA